UCUUCAGAAUGAAAAGAGGCCAGAGGGGAGGUGAUAAUGCGGAGGAGGGUGGCGGGCCGGGCCCCGGGGCCCCUGAGCUCUGUAAGCGGCUCCGGCAGGGCGACUCUGAGGAUGGGGCGGUGGACUGGAGGCAGCUGCCCGAGGAGAUCCUGCUGCAGAUCUUCCAGUACCUGCCUCUGCUGAACCGCGCCUUCGCCUCGCAGGUGUGCCGCGGCUGGAACCAGACCUUCCACAUGCCUGAGCUCUGGAGGUGCUUCGAGUUCGAGCUCAACCAGCCCGCCAGCUCCUACCUGAAG